GUGAGUUGAGCUGAGCUGGUCAGGUCAGUCAGUCAGUCGCUCGGAAGGUUUUGUGCUGUGCAGUCUUGCGAGCUUUUUGCUGCAGGCGUAGUGUAUUUUUCAACACACACUGCAGUUGAGUAAACUGUACAGUAAACGCACGUAAAGAAGAUACGCUGAAUACGUGCAAAUUCAAAGUACUCUCCAAGAACAAGCCCAGCCUAAACUGCUACGGUUAGCAAAAUCUACCGUCUCCCACUUUUGAAACGGACUGGAGUAAGCUGAAAUUGAGAACUGUGUGCUGCAAAAAAAAAAAAAAAAAAAAAAAAAAAAAAACCUUCGGCGGGAAUGGCUUUAUCUCCGUGCGGCAGCAAUAGCUUUGAUUCCGGGCUAGAGAUCAAAACUCGCUCGGUGGAACAGACCCUCAUCCCGCUGGUUUCCCAGAUCACGACCCUGAUCAACCACAAAGACAAGCCAAGGAAGUCGGAGAAGACCCUGCGAGCCAUCCAGAGGGUGGGCCAGGCUGUCAACAUGGCCGUAGGGAGGUUCGUAACUGUCGGGGAGGCCAUUGCAAUAGAGAACCAAGAACUGAAGGAGGAAAUGAGCUUCGCCUGCUACGAGGCCAGGCGAGCAGGAGACACCAUUGCACACCUCACAGACGUGGUCAGCAUAGAGCAGCCUGAAUCUGACGGCCGGGCGACAAUCUUCAGUGACAAAGCUAGCAUGGUGAAGGCUGCCAGGAUGCUCCUGUCCUCUGUUACGAAGGUUCUGGUGCUGGCUGACAGAAUAGUUAUUAAGCAGAUCAUCGCUUCCAGAAAUAAGCACAGCACACAUGCUUGCAGGAAACAGCAGCCUGGAGCCAAGCAGUUACUGUUGCUGCAGGAAGACAUUUCCGUUUUGGCAACCUUGGAGCAGCUGGAGAAAGUGAGCAGCUUUCAGGAGUUUGUGCAGGUCUUCAGUCAGUUUGGAAACGAGAUGGUGGAGUUCGCUCAUCUGACAGGAGACAGACAGAAUGAUCUCAAGGAUGAAAAGAAGAAAGCUCGGAUGGCAGCAGCCAGGGCGGUCCUUGAGAAGUGCACCAUGAUGCUUCUCACAGCUUCCAAGACGUGCCUGAGACACCCGGACUGUGACUCGGCGAGGAUCAAUAAGGAUGGUGUGUUCCAGCGAAUGAGGCUGGCCCUGGAGCAGGUGAUCGAGAUAGUGACUGAAGCCAGGCCCAGUGGAGAGGGGGACAUCCUGCCGGUCAGCAUCUACAUGGGAAUCAGAGAGUAUAAGAACCAGCUGGAAGGCCUGCGAGAGGGCCUGUGCCUGCUCUCCAAGGAGGACCUGACAGCCCUGCUGGAGGUGAUCCUGGAGCACACAGAGGACUUCACCGACUCGGCCUACACCAGCCACGAGCACAGGGAGCACAUCCUGGAACUGUCCCGGCAAGCCCGGCUGGAGCUCGAGCAGCUCAUCGCUGUCUGGAUGCAAGUCCAAAAUCCAAAAGCCACAGAAGCAACUGAAGAAAUGGAGUUGGCCAUUCUUAAAACAUGUCAGUGUAUGAAUGAACUAAAGAAAGAGCUCCACAAUGCAGCAGCAGAGCUGGCUGCAGACCUGUUGAAGUACCAUGCAGACCACAUUGUGCUGAAAGCCCUGAAGGUGUCUGGCGGGGAGGGUAGCUUAGAGGCGCUGGCGAAGUACACCUGCGAGCUGACUGAGCAGAAGGAGCAGCUUGUUGAGACCUGCCGACUGCUACGGCACAUUUCAGGAACAGAGCCCCUGGAGAUAACCUGCAUCCAUGCAGAAGACACCUUUCAAGUGAUUGGACCACAGAUCAUUUCUUCUGCACAGACACUAGCCCUGCACCCUUCAAGCAAAAUUGCGAAAGAGAACCUGGAUGUGUUUUGUGAAGCUUGGGAGUCGCAGCUGAAUGACAUGUCCAUUCUGUUGAGGGAGAUCAUUGAUUUGUUUGAAGGUCGACGAGGAGAGAAGAGAACCUACCUUUCAUUGCCUAGACCAGGGAAGCUCUCUGCAAAUCUCAAGACAAUAAAACCAGUCAAACUUGACUCUGAGGAGCAGACAGCUAUCGCUAAAGUGGGUCUGGAGUUACGGCUGCUGACCUCCGACCUGGACUCUGAGAGUGAGAAGUGGGAGGACCAGGAGCACGAGAUUGUCCGACAGGGGCAGGGCAUGUCCAGCAUGGCGUACUCCAUGUACCUAUUCACCAGAGGGGAGGGCCUUCUGAAGACAACCCAGGAUUUAUUUCACCAAACAGAGGUAUUUGCUGAAGAGGGCUUCAAAUUAUAUUCUUCACUCCAAGCUUUCUCAACUCAGCUGGGAGAUGAUGAGAAAGCCAUCUUUACAGCAGAGACAGAGAAGCUGGUGGCCCUGUGUCAGCAACUACAGAUAACAGCGAGAAUGCCUGUGCAAGGCAAGAAUUCGACUUUCCUCAAGGUGGAUUCAUCUAUUCAGAAUACCAAAAGUGUCUUGACAGUAGUUGUCUAUAUUCUCCCUCUUUGCAAUAAGCUAAUCAAAAAGUACAAGUGUGAGCAGAGCAGCUUGGGAUCCCCCCAGAGCUGGAGAGAGACCCCACUCCAGACCCCGGUUCAUGAAGACUGUCUCAGUGGAAAGAAUGGCAAUGGCUUUGGAGUGAAAUCUCUGGAGCAGCAUGUGGCAAACCUCACCUUCCUGGAGAGCAAGUAACAGCACACCUGCAUUGGACAGAAGGAACCUCUUUGUGUUGUGGCGUGUACUGGAAUCAUUACAAGAGCAUCCCUAACACCACCCCAGUCACAUGGAUAAACAGAUCACCUUGAACUGGCAGUGCUAUCCUUUUAAUCACUAUUGUUGUGUUAUCUGUAAUGGGUCAGCGGUUCCCAAAAGUCAUGCUUUUUUUGGUUCAAUUACUUAGUAUCUCAUAUAGUUACACAUACCUUAUACUCUUUGUACAAAGUGGUGUUUCAAAUAUGUAUUUUAAAGAGUAUUUGUAAAGCAUAGUGCAACUAAUUGUUAUUAACUGACUAUAAUGGGUAUUUUGUUGGAGAGAGGGGGCUUUAAAAGGAUUAAGUAAGGCUAAUAGCAACAUAUAUUGCCCCUUUUGUUAUAAACGAUUACCUUUGCUACUUUGAAUUGCAGGAAUUUGGUAAUACAGACCCAUAGACCUCUGUGUACAAUAACAAGCCAUUUACAUUUCUGAUAAUAUACAGUAUGUAUCUUGAGGAGGCCAGCAUUUAUUAAGAGUAUUGACUACACUUAAUACAAAUUUUUAUUUGCAGAUUGCUUUAACUUGUAUUACUGUACUGCUAGAUUCUUUUUUUGUUUGUUUAAUAAAACAUAUAGCUUAAUCUCUGAGCUGGCUGAUUUACAAGAUUGUUAAUUCACGUUUAGAUUUUAAAUUCAGUGGCGCCCUUAAUUUUGUAG